AAGAUGGUUGAGCUGCCUCUCAGGAGAGGUACCGUCGCUCUCGUUGGCGGCUGAGUCGGUGUGUGGCUUUGUCGGGGUUUUUUUUUUUUUUUUUUGGGAAAGGUUCGACUGGACAGUUAUCGGUCAAGAUGGAUGUAAAGAAAAAGACCUUCUUGGAGAACCUUCGCCUGAAAACUAAGUUCAUCAACCUGAAGAAGCCGAGGAAGAAGGACCUCGCCAAGCAGGGCAGGGGGCUGGCCAAUCGGCGCAGCAUUUCGGUACCGGACCUCAGAUUGGAGCCAGUUGGCGCGCUCCCCUCGGACGGCGGCACCUCCGGGCCCUCGCCUUCCUAUGGCCUCUACAUCGGCCACUCCACCGGUCCGAGCGAUUCGGACUCUGUUGCGAGCGGCUCGAUUGCCGACGCAGCGCUCUGGACGGACCGGCUGAGCAAUUCCUUCUCUGACAACCGACUCAAAGUCCCCUUCGGUAACAGGGAUGUUCCUUUGAAGCGAAUCAGUGCGCCGGCGGGAUCGCCCUGUUACGAUGAAGUCGAUGCCAUGAUGAGUCCCUUCCCGCCGAAGACUGAGACUGAGGAUCUGUACGCACAAGUAGAUGAAAAAUCCAAACCGCCUAAAUUUAAUUUUGACCCUAUUUCCGUUCCAAGAUCUUUCCCUCUCAAGGCAAUACCCCCGAGACCCGACAUCGUAGACAGACGCAGCCUCUCCGGCGAAGACGCCUCGGGGGACCGAGUGGGUUCAGGUGUUAUUGCUGCAGUAGUGGCGAGAGCACGCUCAAUGGGAGAGCCAAUUAAACCGUACACGGCAAAGAGGGCCACGUCAUUUGAGUACAAAAAGUCUGCAUCCGAGAAGGGAACCCCGCCAGCCAUCAGGGUGAAGGCUUCCAGCUCUCUGGUGCCGGAGGCCUUCGGUUCUCCUGGGGAGAAUGCGGAUGGAAACUCUUUCGACUCGGACGGCGGCAGCGCCACCGAGGAGCGAGCCAACGUGUCCUGGAACACGGACUCGGAGGGCCGAGAGGGCUGCUCGUCCUUUUUGAUGAGAGACUUUACGAGCGAAGCGGCUCUGCUGGAACAAGCGGAGGCCGAGGAGGCCUUGGAGGAAGCAGCGGAGAUGUCCAGUGACACGUGUGAUGUCUUUGAUGAAAACCAAGAUCCUCUGGAAAUCCCUGUUUUUUCCACUGGGCCUGACGUCCAGACCCCUGACCCGUGGCAGAGAUACCUCCUGAACAUCAACCUGAAUCAGGGGAAGAACCUGGUCAUCCGAGGCAGGCGCUCCGGUACCAGUGAUCCUUACGUGAAGUUCAAACUUGAAGGAAAACAGUUCUAUAAAAGCAAAGUGAUUUAUAAAACCCUAAAUCCACUAUGGAACGAGUCCUUCUCCCACCCCCUUCGAGACAGAGAGCAUGCCGUAGACGUUCGGGUCUACAAUAAAAACCGGACCACUGAUGAGUUCAUGGGUUCCAGCAGUAUCGUUCUGAACAAUCUUGAAUUAUACAAAACCUACGAAAUGGAGCUGCAGCUCAAUGAUCCAAAGAGUAAAGAGGAUGACAUGGGAGUUAUCGUUGUUGACAUCUGCCUAAUGUUCAGAGAUGCCACCAUCAAGAGAAGCCCUAGAUGGCCACCAAAGAAGAACAAGGCCGUAUCAGCCCCGCGAUCAGCCGAGAUGCAGAGAAACUCGCUGAAGAACCAGAUGUGGACCGGGGUGCUCGGGAUCACCCUGGUGGAGGGACAGGACCUGCCACAGUAUGGCCACGGGGACAUUUACGUCCGCUUCCGCCUCGGCGAUCAGAAGUACAAGAGCAAGAACAUGUGCAUUCAGGCCAAUCCACAGUGGAGGGAGCAGUUUCACUUCAAUCAUUUUGGAGAAAACCAGGAACCUCUGCAGGUGGAGGUGUACUCCAAGAGGGGGAGGAAGUGUGAGGAAUCAUGGGGGAUGUUUGAGGUUGACCUAUUGAAACUUGCACCAAAUGAGAGGCAGCUCUACACUCACGUGCUGGACCCCGGAAAGGGCAAGCUGGUGUUCCUGGUCACCCUUCGACCCUGCUGGGGAGUCUCCAUCUCUGAUGUUGAAACCGCUGCCUUGGAAAAACCUGAUGAGAAACAAGCCAUAUUGGAAAGAUUUAGCUUAAAGAACUCAUACAAGUGUGUGGGUGAAAUCGGCUUCCUUCAGGUCAAAGUUUUAAAAGCCAAUUAUAUUCCUGCCACAGACCUCAAUGGAAAAAGCAACCCUUUUUGUGUUGUGGAGCUCGGUAACAGCAAACUUCAAUCUCACACAAUCUACAAGACCCUGAAUCCGGAGUGGAACAAAGCUUUUACAUUCCCGAUAAAGGACAUUCAUGAUGUGAUAGAGUUGACUCUCCUUGAUGAAAAUGGAGACAAGGCCCCAAACUUUUUAGGAAAAGUGGCAAUUCCAUUACUGGCUGUAAAGAAUGGGAAACCGGUAUGCAUGUCCUUGAAGAAAGAAAACUUGGGGGCUUCCUCAAAAGGAACCAUCACACUAGUGCUGGACGUGAUCUUCAACAAAGUCAGAGCUGGUAUCAGAACCUUCCAACCAAAGGAGUCCAAAUUAAUGGAGGAAAACCAGAAGUUCUCCAAAAAGGUUCUUGCCAGGAAUAUAAACCGGGUUCGAAAUAUCAGCACAGCAGUUCUGUACACGUUACAGUACAUUAAAAGCUGUUUCCAAUGGGAGAGCACGCAACGGAGUCUAAUAGCCUUUCUGAUCUUCCUUGUGACGGUGUGGCACUGGGAGCUCUUCAUGCUGCCUCUGUUCCUGCUUCUGCUCAUUGGCUGGCACUACUUCCAGCUCACUGCAGGGACGACCAGUUCCAACCAGGACCUGGUGAACAUGAGCAUGGGUGACGACGAAGAGGAAGACGAGAAGGAACCUGGAAAAAAGGGUUUGAUGGAUAAGAUAUAUAUGGUGCAGGAAGUAGUGCUGGUUGUCCAGAACGUUUUGGAGGAAAUUGCAAACAUCGGAGAGCGAAUCAAGAACAUCUUCAACUGGUCCGUCCCUUUUUUGUCGUGCCUCUCCUGCUUGAUGCUAUUUGUGGCAACUGUGCUGCUGUAUUUCAUCCCACUGCGAUACAUUGUGCUGACAUGGGGCGUUAACAAAUUUACCAAGAAGCUGCGCAACCCAUACACUAUUGACAAUAAUGAAAUACUGGAUUUCCUCAAGAGGGUGCCUUCUGAUGUUCAAAAGGUGCAGCGCAGCGCGCUCAGGGCGCCCACCAGCCAGAGCCAGCCGCGGAAGAAAAAGUGAGCGUUGGUGGAUGAAAGGCUGGUCUCCUUUUUGAAUACUCCACGAGCGCCGUCCACCUGACAACAAUGCUCCAGUGCCAGCGUGGCCCAUGACCCCGUGUGCGCCCCUCCGCGCCAUCCUCACCCCCCCCACCCCUCCCCCCACUGAGAGCCAGCCGCUCUCUGGCCUGUGUGUUUGCCACCCCCCCCGACAGAGGCGGUGAACUGCAGCAGCUCGGAGGGCAGCACAUGGCGCUGUCAAUCACGAGCCUGGAGGUAAAGAAAAGACAGCGCCGCAAGACUCAGCCUUCAUCUUUGGAUAUAAUUUAGAGAAGGAAUGGAAAUGGUCGGGUCUGCCUUACCUUAGGCUUCCAGUUUAGGUUCUUUCUCAUGUUUCGUUUUUUACUUUACAGUUAAUUUAAUACAGGCUCAACCAUUUAUGGAAAUCAAAUCAUGGAAAUAGUUUCAUCUUCAGUAUCUUCAAGUAUUGUUAUCGCAAAAGAGUCUUAAGUUAUAACCAAAAUAACGUUUUGUUUUCUCGCACAUUUAAUAUAAUAGGACUGAAUGCUAUUCUUUUUGUGCUAUGGAUUAAAAGAGUGUAUAAUAUAAUUCGGUCAGCAUUCCUAUUUUAUAACAAAUAUAUAUUUAUAUAGUGCGUUUGUUUUAUUUCCACCUGACUCAUGUUACUGUAUUAAUUCAAGUUUUAAUUUGACUCAGUAUCUGCUUCAUCAAAUGGAGAAUUUGCAGGAAUCCUAAAUAAAGA